UUGCAGGUUGAAGGUCAUCCAGGCAUUAAAACGAGAUUCUAUACUGCAUUUUGAAAAUGACAAUUGUCACUCGUCCUGCUGCAACAAAUGAGAAGAAGCCUCUCAGUGAUGCAUCUCUGGCAUUAGGUUUAGAACCUCUUGUGGAGAAUGAGAAGAAUGAGAAAAGCAAUGAGGUCAACAUGGGAGGAGAUGAAUUUGAUUGUAUGAAUGAGGCUGGUCUGCCUAACAUCCAUUUUCACAAUGCAAGACGAGCACGGCAAGCCUCAACUUUGAAUUAUCUCUUCAUUCUCCUCCUUAUCAUCAUAGUCAUGGUCACAGCCAUGAUUGGAGGCUUCUACUUUGUCAAGGAGUUCUCUCGUGCUAAGAGAUACCAUGGAUGGUGCAGAGUGCCCUAUGAUCGUCUCACAACUGGGAAGGAACCUGGUGAUCUUCAGCUUGGCUCAUUCCAGGCUCGUGAGGAUUCAGAUGGAGGGGAUUGGAUUGACCAUCAGCUGAUGAUGGGUAAUCCACCUCUCUUCUACCUGGAACAUUUAGACGUGGACAUUGAAGAGAAGCCAGACUAUGAGGAGAUUGAGGUCCCUGACUUCUCUGGCAGACGACGUGGAAAGUUCCUGCAUGAUUUUAUGCGCAAUUUGACAGGGAUUGUGGAUAUUGAUGGUGGGAAUUGCUUUGUGAUGCCUUUGGAUCGAGAACACAUACUCCCUCCAACCUCCAUGCUGGAUCUGGCUCUCAAGAUGGAACAUGGCUACUAUGAUGUAGACACAAAGGUGGUCCGAGAGACAACACGCAUAGUGUUCCCUGCUAUCAAAGACCCGAAUAUCAUGGGUCCCUACAUCUCGAGCGCCUGCCAGGACAAACCCAUGUAUCGUCUGGAAAAAGUAUCUGAAAUGUUCCGUGUUCGUCGUGAUGCUGCUGGGCUGGCCCCUUCCACCUUUGCUGAGUUUGCUGGGUCCAGCACCAUUGAACUGGAUAUCCUCAACUAUGACCAACUGUAAUGGUCUCUGCCUCCCCCCCUCCUGCGAAGAAUCUUUCGAUCUCGUUGUACCCUCUUCAACUGUAUAUAUUGGUCAUGUUUUGCUAUCCAUUGUGAACAUCCCCUAUAUCUCGAAUGGAUUUUGUGUGUCGCUCCAGAUGGUAUGUCUCCCUGAGACAAGAUAUGUGAUAGAGGAAGCGCUCCCCAGCAUAGAGUGAUGACAGACUAAUCGUCUCAUUGAUGAAGUACUUGUCGUAUUGCUCUUACCUCGCUUGCUUGGUUUUAUUAUAAAGAUUGCUUUUCUUUUUCUUACAUUCCGCCUCCUCUUCUUAUCCUUCAUUGUGUCCUUCAUAGUCCAAUCCAGUCUCAGUCUUGGGCAAAUAAAGGAGUUUUGCCUCCACAAGUACAAGA